CAUGUUUUCACUGCUUAACGUUGUGCUUUCAUACGAAAUACACAACCUAGCUACUAGCUGACCAGCAAACCCAAGGUUGAACACGGUGGAUGUCACAUUGUUUAUGCUGCCCAGCUCAGCAUGCCUGUGUGAGGUAGAAUCUGUAAGGUAGAUCAGAAUGCAGUCUUCUGGGCACCGGCUGCGGGAUGUGGAGCAGCACCACCCCUUGCUGGCCAGUGGUGGGGAGGAGGAGGUCACUGUGGGCCGGGUCUGGUUCAUCCAGGAUGGCUGUGGUAUGGUGUGUGCCUCUAUGACCUGGUUUCUGGUGAUGUACGCUGAGUUUGUGGUCAACUUUGUCAUGCUGCUGCCCUCUAAAAGCUUCUGGUACUCCCUCAUUAACGGAGUGGCGUUCAAUUUCUUGGCCGUUCUGGCACUAGCAUCCCACCUGCGCACCAUGCUGACGGAUCCGGGAGCUGUUCCUAAGGGAAAUGCCACUAAAGAAUACAUGGACAGUCUACAACUGAAACCUGGUGAAGUCAUCUACAAAUGCCCCAAAUGCUGCAGCAUCAAACCAGAGAGAGCUCAUCACUGCAGUAUCUGCAAGAGAUGCAUCAGGAAAAUGGAUCAUCACUGUCCUUGGGUGAACAACUGCGUAGGAGAAAACAACCAGCGAUACUUUGUCCUGUUUACUAUGUACAUUGCUACGAUUUCUCUCCAUGCCCUCUGCCUCAGUGGCUUUCAUUUCUUCACAUGUGUGAAAGUCCAGUGGAACGAGUGCAGUGACUUCUCUCCUCCUGUGGCUGUCAUGCUUCUUAUUUUCCUCUGUCUAGAAGCCCUCCUCUUCCUCACUUUUACUGCCGUCAUGUUUGGCACGCAAAUACACUCCAUUUGCAACGAUGAAACUGAAAUUGAGAGGCUGAAGAAUGAGAAGCCCACGUGGGAGCGGCGAGUACGCUGGGAGGGAAUGAAGACCGUGUUCGGAGGCCCUCCAUCUCUUCUGUGGUUCAAUCCUUUCGCCGGACUGAGAUUGCGCCGCCUCCUGAUGAUCCAUGCUCGCAAGGGAGGCUCGGAGUUCUCCGUCUGAGUGAGGGGGACCUUGUUUUUUUUUUUCCUCAAGUCUGUGUCCCAUCAUGCUGACAAGUCGGGGUCCAUGAUGUAGGUAAGAGAACUCACUGAGGAAAAUACAUCAUAAACUUAAAGCCCUGUGGAGUAGAAGGGGCUCAAGACAGUACGAACUGUUUAUUAACCACUGGACCUUUUCCCAAAGGAUCAUUUUUUUUACUUUGAGUUGGCUGUUCCUGGCCUGUCGCCGUGAACUCGUCCAUAUUUUUUGCUUGUUUUUUAAGGGACUCUCGCUGUCAGUUUCAGUGAAGAUAAAACUGCAAAUCGACUUGAUGUUUAAAGAAGGAUCAUGAGAAGCUUGAGGAUGGUCACGACCUAAGCCAAACUAAAGAGCAUUACGCUGGCUUCACACAUACUACCUCUGCAUGGCUUGUAAUCAUACAGAUCAUAGCCUUCACACUGUUCACAAAUGCCGCUCCCUUAAGAGGUGUCCCCAACAGGCUGUUUUUAUGUGCCGCACACAACACUAACAGUCAAACAAAAAUAUAUACAGCGUCACUUAAACACGCUGUGUGCUUUUUAUUCAAUUCCAUAGACAAGAAUUUCACACUAGAUUGAUUAAUUCUGUUGAAUCGAAGGGUGUUAAGGGUUUUCCGUCUCAGAUUUUUACUUUCUGCCUCCAUUCGACAUCCCGUUGCAGAUUCAUUUUUGUGCCCGAUGUCAAAGAAUGAACUUAAAAAUGAUCUAAAUGUGAUAAUUGUUCCAACUGUAAAAACACAAAACAACCCAAAAUAACAUAAUUAACACUUAUAUUUUAGGGAACCCAAAUGGCAAUGACCUCUGACUUUCAAGCUUUGACUAAUGCCUAUUUAUAAAGUAAAGUUUAAACUAGUCAUACUUUAAUAUUUUCCAGUAGGUCUAGUUAACCUAGAUCUUGCAGGCUCGAAGAAGCUGCCCAAUCCCAAGUCAGAACAUUUCUGAAACUAAACAAACUCACAUGCAUUGAUGUUGUUUAUUGAAUUCUGUCAACAACGACAGAAGGUACAUUUAUGCGUUACUAGUUUCAGCCCACCUGCAAUACAGUUUUGCAGUGCAAAGCUUUUUAAAUGCACCCUAAAAAAAUAUUCAGUCCAUAAAUGAUUGUCACAGCUUGGAAUUUGUAUCAGUGAAUUGGAGAUACAAAAUUGCCCCACAACGGUGUUUGACACUGAACUUGAACUGAUGAAUUAUGUUUAACCUGUAUAACCAAAGUGUAAAACAUGACAUUGAAAUUCUAAUAAAUAAAUAAAUAUACAAGGUCUGGGUCAUACUGAUAGACCUUACAAAGAGAAUGGCAAAAAUAUAUCAGUAAAUCAAGUGAGAACAAACAAUCCCCAGAUAUGUAUGCAUGUUUAUUACAAGCACACCAAGCACAUAUAGCAAGGUAAUCUAAUUUAAAAUGACAAGUGGUCCUGUAAUUACAAAGGAAGAAUACUUUUGAAUCUCCAUUUUUUUUCUAAAUUGUAUUAAAUUGCUCAUGAGUUGGCAUAACCUUUUGACAAAACAUUCACAGUUUUGAGACCCUGGAUGUGUAAAUGGUUUAAAUGUUUAUGAUGUACUGGUCACACAGCAAUACUGCCCACACCAUGCAGAGGAAGUUAAUGUGAAUCCAGCUUUAGUGACAAAUUCAUCAUGUCCUUUCCAACAAGGGAAUCUUGGUUAUUUGCGGACCAAACUACAAUCUAAGUGUCAUAUUCGCCACUGUUUUUAACUUGUUUUUAAUAAUUAUUAUUUAUGUAUUAAGGUCUUUAGCCUGUAACAACAUAAUAUCCUAGUUGGGCGCUCGGGUGGUGCAGCAGUCUAAUGUGCUAGCACACUACUGUGAAGUGUUCAAACUUGUGAGAGCCACCAGGCCGGGUGUCCACACAAACACACUAGGCCUUGUUUAAGGGAGGAAAGGUCGGGCGUGGGUCUCUUCUGCUGCUGUGACAUGUGAUGUCCAAAAAAGAAAGGGAGGUGGGUAGACACAUGGAGCAUAGUGUUGCUCUCCAUGCGCAAUAUGGCAUUGUGUUAUAAGACGUGUCCGCAUAUUAGUGUCAGAGGGGUCGUGUGGUGAUCCGGCUCUCUCUGAUCAGAUCUGGUUUUGUGCAACUGGUAGCAGAUUCACAAUCAGGGAUUGGAAAUGACUAGAUUGGGGGAUCAAGGGGGAAAAUCCAGAAAAUGAAUAAUAGUGGAUAUAUAACUUCUCACUGUAGAACAACAAAUCAAAAUUAUUCUAGCUGAUCAUAUAGUAGCGACGUCUUUUUAAAUUCAUGUAUACGACACUAAACAUUUAGAUACUAUUUACACUGUCGCUGGUUCUUCCAAGACCAACACUUCAGUUGCUUGGCAACAAUCUGGACAAAUCACAGUAACAGUAUAUACUUCAUUUUUAAUGCAUGACCUGCAACGAUUUGCACACUUUGAGUUUAUUCGCCAUAGCAGUAAGCUCAGUAAGGCGGGACCAUUAUAUCACUAACGUACUUCGCUUAACCAAACAUCCGUUACAUUACAUAACUUGCUGAAACCAGCUAAGCAUCAGAAAAAUUGCUGGAUAUUUUCCUAUGUAUAUUUCGAGAUGGCUAGCGGUUUAGUUGUCCUCAGUCCAGCCAUCACAUAUUGUUAGCAGUACUGUGGCUUUUCGUUACUGUGAGCUUUACUUUGCCACUUCUCUGGAAGACAAAACUUUUACCUCAACAGUCAAUAAGACUUCAUAGUGACAAUUCCUAAAUAAUUAUUGCAGAUGUUUUAUGAAAUGAACGGUUUAUGUAGUAGGGGCAUUGUAUUACAAUUCAUGUAGGUCCAUGUAUGACUGAUCUGACUGGAAAUCUAAUUUAAGUGUUUCCACUCAAAUAUUCAAUAAAGUAGUGAAUUUAUAUAAUAU